ACAUUUCGAUGAUAUUUCACGAAAAUACGUGAUGUAGGUAGUAGAAAAUUGUGAAUAUCUUGUUGCAUGCAGUCAUGGAAACAACAGUUGAAGUAGAAAGAUUGAAUGGUGAUGAUUCGCCUGAUUUCCUACCUUCACAUGAGAUAUUGCGAGAAAACUUAAAAGCUGAUAGAAAGAAAAGAGCUGCGAGGAAACCUUUGAAGAAAUACAAAUGUAGGAUUUGUGAAGAGAUAUUCGACGAUAUAACCGCUCUGGAAAGCCAUGCUGCCACACAUGACCCCGAAAACCCGUACGCUUGCACCAAAUGCCCGUACAAAACUAACAUCAAGUCUUAUUUGACACGACACACGAUGAAGGUACACAAUAAGUCUGAACACAAGCAAGAGUGCGAAGUUUGCGGAAAGAAGUUCUUAUAUAAAUCUUUGAUGGAACAGCAUUUGAGAGUGCACACCGGUGAAAAACCUCAUAAGUGUGAUGUUUGCGGGAAAGCUUUCAACACGACGUUCUCGUUGACCACACACAAAUACAUACACAACAAUGAAAAACCGUUCAAGUGUUCGUUCUGCGAUCACGCUUGUCGCGACAGCUCGUCUCUUAGGAAACAUCAGAGCGUACAUUUGGGCAUCUCCAAGAAAUAUCCAUGUCAAGAGUGCUCGAACAGAUAUGAUACUAAAGCCCGGUUACAGGACCACAUUAAACGGGCCCAUAGGGGAAUAGAACCUCCCAAGGUGACAUGUAACAUAUGUGGUUCUAUAUACAAAAACAAAUGGACUUUGAUGACACACAUUAGAGCCAUCCACGAUAAAAGUAAGGCUUGCGUUUGUGGAAUAUGUGGGAAACAUCUGUCGAAUAGCUCUAAUUUGAGAUCUCAUAUGACAUCACAUUUAGAUAUAAGACCUUACAAGUGCUUCUUUCCAGGAUGUACUAUAAAAUUCAAGGAUAAAUACGCUUUAAAGAAACAUACUCGCAUCCACUACCCGGAACAACAAGUAUAUUGUAAUGAAUGCGGUAGAGGCUUCGCGAGGAAACAUAGAUUAGUGAAACAUUUGGCCCAACAUGUGCCCAAAGUGAAGGAUACCAAAUGCCCAUUCUGCGGGGUGCCUUUCUACAACAAGAACUAUUUAUUGAAACAUUUGCGCACAAUUCACGGUAAUAAAAGGGAGAAAUACAUAUGUGACGUAUGCGGAUUCGAGGCUAGCAACAAACCAGGUCUUGUGGUACACAUACGCUAUGUACAUAAGGACAUGGACAAGCAAUGUCAUCUAUGUAAGAAAACAUUUAAGAGAAAAUGCAAUUUAACUUUACAUUUUCGGAAUACCCACGGUAUUAUGUUGAAAUCCAACACAAAACCUAUGGUAGUUAUAAAGCAGGAACCUUUGGAUUUCUCUCAAGAUCUGGAAAUAGAUUUACUGGAUAUUGACAAAGAGGAACCUUUCGCCGGGUUCGAUAUAGAUUCUCAGGAUGGGUCUAAUAUUUCAAAACCUAUAGAACUAUCUGGUCGUUUGAACUCGGAAAAUAAGUGUGUUACAAAUAUCGAUGAAUUAGAUGAAAAAGUAGAAGAAUUCAAUACGUCAACAGCAUCUCGAAAUAUAGAAGAGGUGCAGGUAGAUUCUACAGCAAACGCAGAAGUUCCACAGGAAGCCACUUCAAAUGUUGACAAACAACAUAAAAACGAACGUGGAACGGUAUUCAAGACAAAAGAACAGUUAUCUAUAGAAUCCAAGGAAUCUGAGACUAUAUCGCAAGAAAACAAGGAUUUAAGAAAAAUGCACGUGGAUGAAUUCAUACAAAACUUAAUGUCCGAUACUGAGAUUCGUGGAGAAGAAGAAACCAAAGAGAGAUCUUGUGAAGCAGAGAGCCCACGGAGAUCUAUGCAAGUCGAUGAGUUUCUACAACAUGUCAUAUCAGAUACAGAGUUACAAGAGGAAGAAACCGACCAUGAGACUGAGGAUUUACUGAAAACCCGUAUAAAGGAGUUGAUAGACGAGUCCAACUUUAAGAAUGGUAUUGUCCCAAAGGAGACUAAUUACGGAAAAAAAUUGCAGAGGGUACACGUUGAUGAAAUAACUAAGUUCCUCUUCAAAGACAUCAGUAUAGAAGUGAACGGUGAAGUGAUUACACAAACGGAAAAAAAGAAAGAGACGUCUGUAAAAAAGAAGAAGAAAAAGAGGAAGAAGCAGAAAAGAAAGGGAGAAGAGAAAGAGGAAUGGGAAAGAAAUAUAACAUUAAAAGAUAGCAUGGAAGAUAUUAAAAAAGCUAAACUUAAUAGAAAAUGUAAAACUACCCACAAAAAGAAAUGUGUAUCUGAAGAAACGGAAGAUAGAGAGAAUAACACAUGUAGAGAGAAAGAAAAAGAUCCUAAUACGAAGCAAAAUAGUACAAAUUCUAAGAUUAAAUUCAACUCCCACCAAUGCUACGUGUGUUAUAAGUUAUUCGAAACAAAGCCGCAAUUAAUACAACAUUGCAAAGAACAUUUCGACGUAUGCAACGAAAUAACAUUAAAAAAAUGUCCACUAUGCACUUUUGUAACACACCACAACAUAAAAAGGCACAUGCUAUUGAAACACGACGUCAACAUAAACUUUUCAUUUAUGCGUAUCAAAGAUAAGAAAGUAAAUGAAAACGGUUCACGUUACUAUUUCGAUCUAGACAAUAAAUCUAUCAAAAAACUAGAGAUUAUACCGAGUAUAAAAAUUUUAAAUAAAAAAGCCUGCAUGGAUCUAGAUAAGAGAAACAGAGAAAUCAAAGACAAGAGUCUGCUGAAACGAAAGUUGGUUAGGAAAGGCGACUCUUGGAUUGUGGAAACUGAAAAAAUAGACUUGACCAAUCACGUCGUGCCAAAAUUGAAACAGAACGAGAAAGAAAACUAUUUGGUUAGAAUGAAGAAGAUUAGUCUGGAAGCGAAGAGGAAUAACGUGAAGAUGUUGUAUCCAUGUAAUGGAUGCGAGAAAAUCUGUCAGAACCUGUCUGCUCUUACUCUGCAUAUGAGAAGGCAUGAUCCUAAUGCUAAACCUUUUAAGCCUAAGAAGUGGAAACACAAGCAACCCCAAGAAUUGCCUGAAGAGAAAGAAGUGCCAGAAUUGCCACCUGACAAUUCUAAUCGUCACGCCAAACCUAGACCUAUAGUUAACAAACACAAAUGCGAUCCUGCCUUAAAAGCCUUCUACGAAAACAACAUAAAAGGCGGCGACAUAGAAUUCUGGCAAUUCCUGAAGAUAUACAAUAAAAUGGAUCGGGAAAACGUGAACGAUUUCAAAGAUUUGGAAUCGAGAAGUGAUUUCGGGUUGCAUUUUAAUAACGAUGUUGCUAAUCAAAAUAAUAAUACGGAUAAAACUACCAAAGUCAGUAGUAGUAACGAAAUUGGUUCUAGCAACACUGAAAUGAGUAGUAAUAAACGAAGUGUUGCCAGGAAAGUGGCGAUGAAUAGAAUUAAACAAGUAAAAUAUGUUAGGAAAAUACAAUUGAGCAGAGAAGAAUAUAAAAGGAGAUGUGAAAUCAAGAAUAAAAUGAGAGAUAAAAUAGCAAGCAAUACUUGUUAGUGCAAUUGUAGAGGCUCUACUUCAACAGUUUUAGUGCAAUAAUUGUGUAUUUACAGCAGUUGUCUAUCAACGAGGGGGGGGGGGGGACUAUUCUUUUCCGAAACUACAACUAAUUUAAUUAUUAAAAAGUAAAAUGAAAAUUAAUAUUUGUUGAUAAAGCGCAGUCUUCACAUUUUGCAUAACUGCUUGCUUAAAAACUAAAAAAAUAAUUUCGUGAAACUUAUUUUAUGUUUGCGAAAGUUGAGUAAAUUAUAUAAUAAGAUUAUUGGAUCUCGUUCAAGUUAAUAACAGAAACAAAAUCAUAUUACUUAUGGAACUUUUAAUAAAAACUAUUUUAAAAACCUAAUAAUUGGAAAACUUAGGAUAUAUGUUUUGUUUCAUUAGUUUUCUUUCAAAUAGAAAAAUAUAACGUAUUACUCGAGUUUUUCUCUGUCAAUGUUAACAAAUUUAUUAAUAAAAACACUUUAAUUAAACAAUGCCUUUUAUUUUAUUACAUACUUAAAAACUAAUAUUACAAUCUUAUUC